GAAUUCCCCAUUCAUGUUAGCGUUUCUCUAUAAGCCUUUCAGUUUACCCCUCAAACUCUACAAGGAAACAUCUAACUUUGAGUUCUUACUUUAGUUUUACGAAGCAUCACAAUGUUUGAAUCGUUCAAUUGGAAUUCGGGAGUGGAUUUGAAGAAAUAUCGUGAUGUCAAGCAACGCUUUGUGAAGAAAGUAGGGGACUUGGAGCGCAGAGGAGUUAUGUGGGGUCGAUUAAUUGGUAUCGAAGACGGCAAGGAUGAUGCUCUCUUCCGUUUUAUGCGAGAGAUUAUCUAGGCUGGCUGACAAAAUUUGAAAAAUGUAUCGCGGUGUUUCCUAUAAGUUGCUUUAAAGUAAGACAAGAAUAAACGCGUUCAAUAAACAAAA